CAAAAACUUAACCAUUUGAAGGAUGGAGCCCACCAGGCGCAGGGAGUCUGUUUGCAGGAGCUUGUUUGGCCCGGUGGACCACAGCCAGCUGCGCCGGGACUUGAAGCUGAAGCUUAAGGAGAUCAUUGAGCAGGACAGGCGGCGCUGGAAUUUUAACUUCGAGUGUGAAACCCCGCUGCCCGGCCGGUUUCAGUGGGAGGAAGCCGCACGGCCGAAGGACGCUGCCCACCGUUCAGGUGGGGACAGGCCGAGCGACGGCGAAGACGGCGCAGGGACCGACCAGGAGAACUGCUCCAACAUCACCAACAAGCGCAAGAGUCCCACUGAAGGCUCUCCAAACCGGCAGCCAGUCUCAAAGACAAUGCACGGAUCACAGAUUAUUUCGCAAAGAGAAGGAGGACAACAACAAGAGCCAAGAGCAUCCCGAAUCAUUUUCACGUCGGUUCUAAUGAAGCAGCUCUGCGCAAGACUUUAAGAUGAACAUGCAGCUGAAAAUGACUAU